AGGAUAUAACGGCCAGAGUUGAUACACAGUUUGAAAUAGAAGGGAAUUAACUCGCUGUCAUGACCAAAUAUACCAGGAUGCCGUAAACGACCUUGAACUAUCAGCACAAUGUGAAGCAAAUGACACGGAAACAAUACCAUGUUCGUUAUCCGCUGAAUUGACGGAAAUGACAUUCGACCUCCAGAAUCUACAUAUCACAGUGGUCCUAACUGUAACAACGCUGGUCGGAGUGCUCUUGCCUCGAGUCAUUUUGGGUGACCUAACCCAGGAUCACGAUCACUACAUCAGACACCCACUGCAACCCACUUUUCUCAACACGCCCAACAACGUGACGUUUUACAAAGGGGAGGAGGCUGUGCUCAAGUGUGCCAUUGAGCACAAGGGGACACGAACGGUCAUUUGGCGUCGGGCCUCCGAUCCGAACCCCAUCACCAUCGGUGCCAUAACGUACAUCUCUGACGACCGGUUCCGUGUGGUCAACCAGCUCCACUCGCUGGAAUGGAACCUGCACAUCCGGGACGUCAAGCCAGAGGACAGCGGGGUCUACGAGUGCCAGGUGUCGGCAGUCAAGCGGAACAUUCGCCAGAAUGUUAUGCUCAUGGUGGAAGCAUCACAACGGACAGAUAAGACUGACUUAAAGUCUGUUAAGCCAGAAAUCACCAUUCACGGAACGUUGUUCGUUGAACGCGGGGACACGCUGAAGCUGGUCUGUAACGCCACUGGUAGUGAGUACCCCCCAGACGCCAUCGACUGGUUCAAAGAUGGGGACAAGAUCAAAAUCGAUGAACGAGUCACGCUGACCAAUGACGUGUCGUACACUGACCGCACCAUCAGCAGUCUGCUACUGAUCAAACGGUGCCACAUGGGGGACGCUGGCACUUACGUCUGUCGGACGUCUGAUAACCUGGUCACCAGCGCCAAAGUCAACAUUUUAAACACUGGCACUAACAACGAAAAGAGAGAGUCGGACGAUGUGACUGGCAGCUCCCACUACCGGAGCGGAAACAACGCCUCCCCGCGGAUACGUCCAGUGGUUCUCACCACGUUACUAUUGACGCUUUUCUCUUUGAGUCGCGGCUGUCUUUUCACGACGUGAUUGUUGCUGUUUGGAUAGGUCAUGUGAUGUGAGUGGUUCAAAGGACAAAGGUCACCGAGAGCGACAGCUACGAUAUGAUACGGAUUAUAAUUUCUAGACUGCUAGAAAAACCAGUGGAGAAAAAUAUAUGCUGUUUCGCUUAACGUCGUUGGUGACGGAACUUUGUCGUUGUGUGGAA